AUGGCUAAGCGUGGUGGUCAGCACCGAGGUCCCGCCAAGCAGAAGGGCAACCGGAAGGGCGGACGGAAAGAUGCCCCGAAGGACGUCCCGAAGGACACUCCGGAAGACAAGCCGGAAGAUCAGACAGAGGACCAACGUCAUGAGGGUCCUGAAGAUGCCGAGUCGAGCCCACGCCAGGCAGACUCUGUUGCCCCCCGCCCCCCCACCGACUCGAAUAACGGAGAUGCCGUGGCCAGCGCCCUCCGGUGUUUGACCUUCCUGUCGCUCUACAUGAAGAUCGUUCAUGUAUGGGCCUUCACGGCCUUGAUGGUCAUUCUCCCCGCUUGCCACGACCAGGAGCAGGCUUACAGUACCACAUGCUACCGAUACAGCUGUGGUUGUAGCCUGUUCUAUCCUGCGUGGGCACUGGUCGCCUGGUUCAUCUUGAGCCCGCCCCAACAACCGGUGCACCCCAGACUCUUCGACUGGAUGAACUCUGGGAGCACCACGGCGGCGCUUACAGAUGUUCUCAUCAGCAUCUUUCUGGCAUGGGCUUUCAACGGCCAGGGUGGAUUCGGGUGGUUGGGCCACAUGGUUGGCACGGCGGAUUUGAACGUCCGGGGUGCGCAUUCCACGGCUGUUCAUGGACAGGUCUGGAUCUGGUCUUUGCGAGUAUACCUUUUUUGUUUCGCAAGAAUGGUAUGGUUGCGAGUCCUGGCCACACCACUGGACAUGUACAGGGUGUGCGUAACUGCAGCACGCACCGGCUUCAUCUCCGGGAUCAUCAUCUGGGCUGCGGCGAUUUGGGCCCUGCGGGCAUGCACAAGCGCGUCUGUUUCCUCCUCCGAGACGGUCUCUGUGUGGUCCUCCCGGCUCACGUUACUCGCGGGAGCAAUGAUCAGCGCCAGCGUGAUCAUCGAAAUGAUCCGGUACCACCUUCCCCGACCUGUCCGCAGACAACUCGCUCGCUUUCCACUUACGCGAGUUGUCUUGUUCGCCAUCCUCGCCGCUGCCGGUCUGAUGCAGUGGAUGAUGCUUGGCGGCGUCCGCAGAAGAAGGAUGAUGCUCGGUCGUUUGACCCUCACCGUGCGGACGUGGCUGAAUGAAGGAUGGCCCGGUUUGAUAGGCCGCCAUUUCGAUCUCGUUGGUAGGGCCCUCUGGCUUGGACUGUCGUUGUGGGGAUACUGCCUGGUCCUGAUAUGCAUCUACUGCAUGUCAGACAUGAUCUUCCACUUGUUUCGGAGACACGUUCUGAAUGGAUGA